AUGGCUCCCAUAGUAAAAAACAUACUACAUGCCGGACAAAAAUAUGUUCCUAUCACUGAUGGCAGUAAGGCCCACUUCCACUUUCAAACCUGGAAGCUUGGCAAGGAGAGAACUCUUAUUGAUGAUAGUAAAAAGAUAGGAAAACAGGAGCCAAUGGUACUUGUUAUUGGCCACAAAUUCAAAUUGGAAGUCUGGGAGACAAUUGUUAAGAUGAUGGCUGUUGGGGAGGUAGCCAGUUUCACAGUGCAAAAGGAGCUAGUCUACAGUUACCCAUUUGUUUCCAAAACCCUAAGAGAAUUGGGACAAGAACAGCACAAAGUAAAACAUUCAUGCACAAUGACAUUGCACACAGAAGGCAUUGGAUAUGCUGACCUCGAUGACUUAAUAAGUAAUCCAUGUGAUUUGGAGUUUAUUAUAGAACUAUUAAAAGUAGAGAAAUCAGAUGAAUAUGAAAAAGAACUAUGGCAGCUGAAUAUUGAGGAGAGGCUAAAAUUAGUACCUGAACUCAAGGAGAAGGGCAAUAAAUAUUACAUUGAAAAGCAGUAUGAUGAAGCUGAAGACUGUUAUGCGCGAGCGUUGGCAAUUCUUGAACAGUUAAUGAUAAGAGAAAGAAAAAAAGAUGACGAAUGGAUAUCACUUAACAGCCUAAGACUUCCGAUUCUACUCAACUACGCGCAAUGUAAGCUCCUCAAAGAAGAUUACUAUGCUGUAAUAGAACAUUGUAAUACUGUCCUAGAACAUGAUAAAGAUAAUGUAAAAGCACUGUACAGAAGGGGUCGCGCACACGUUGGAGCUUGGAAUCCUGAGGAAGCUGAAAAGGACUUCCUGCGCGUAAAAGAGUUAUGCCCGACGCUGCAACCUGGAAUUAACAACGAGUUAGAGAACAUUAGAUCGUUGAGAAAAGAAAAGGCAGAUAAGGACAGAGAUGCGCUGAGAAGAAUAUUUGACAAAGAACGCGAUGCUACAUAA